GCUGUAUCGCGUCUCGUGAAGGAGAGCAGACUUGAUGGCGUCGAUGAUGCUGAGGAGAGAGCAUCCUCCGCCGCAGGUCUUCACGCAGGCAGGCCGUGCGUUCUGGCAGAUGUGAUGUUCGAAAGAGCAGCUUUAUCAUCACUAUUAUUAUAUUUUAGACUUCACACGGCUCCCGGGGAUCUCUAGUUUCUGAGCUUCAGCGAUGGUGGAUUUGUCCGAGAGUGGUGCAGUGUCGCCCGGACACAACAUCAGACACGGACAGGGCUCCGGCUCCGGCAAUAACGGGAAGAAAACGUCGAAAAAGUCGCGAACGAGAAGAGGCAAACGAGGCAGGAAAAGAAGGAGUAAAAAGAACAGCAGGAACAACAAAACACCACCGCCGUAUUUCCCACCGGAGGCUGAAGAAGGAAACAUUGAGUACAAGUUGAAGCUGGUUAAUCCCACGCAGUAUCGCUUCGAGCAUCUGGCCACGCAGCUGAAGUGGCGUCUGCAGGAGGGCCGCGGGGAGGCCGUCUACCAGAUCGGAGUGGAGGACAACGGCCUGCUGGUCGGCCUGACCGAGGCCGACAUGAAGGCCUCGCUCAAGACCUUAAAGAGGAUGGCAGAGAAAGUCGGGGCCGACAUCACUCUCCUCCGAGAGAGGGAGGUGGACUACGACUUGGACAGAAACACGCGCAAAAUCGCAGAAGUCCUGGUUCGAAAAGUCCCCGAUGAUCAGCAGUUCUUGGACCUGCGGGUGGCGGUUCUGGGGAACGUGGACUCGGGGAAGUCGACCCUGCUGGGCGUCCUGACGCAGGGCGAGCUGGAUAACGGGCGAGGCCGAGCGAGGCUCAACCUCUUCAGACAUCUGCACGAGAUCCAGACCGGACGCACCUCCAGCAUCAGCUUCGAGAUCCUCGGCUUCAACAGCAAAGGAGAGGUGGUGAACUACAGCGAGUCUCGGACAGCUGAGGAGAUCUGUGAGAGCUCCUCCAAGAUGAUCACCUUCAUCGAUCUGGCCGGACACCACAAGUACCUGAAGACGACCAUCUUCGGCCUCACCAGCUACUGCCCCGACUUCGCCAUGCUGGUGGUGAGCGCCAACACCGGCAUCGCCGGCACGACCCGGGAGCACCUGGGCCUGGCCAUGGCGCUGAAAGUUCCCAUCUUCAUCGUGGUCAGUAAAGUGGACCUGUGCUCCCGCGGCACCGUGGAGAGAACCGUCCGACAGCUGGAGCGACUCCUGAAGCAGCCGGGCUGCAACAAGGUGCCGAUGGUGGUGUCCAACCCAGACGACGCCGUGACGGCCGCACAGCAGUUCACUCAGUCUGCAUGGUGGGUACUAGUACUACUAAUACUACUACUACUACUGCUACUACUGCUGCUACUACUACAGCAGUUCACUCAGUCUGCAUGGUGGGUACUAAUACUACUACUACUACUACUACUACUACUACAGCAGUUCCCUCAGUCUGCAUGGUGGGUACUAGUACUACUACUACUACUACUACUGCUACUACUGCUGCUACUACUACAGCAGUUCAUUCAGUCUGCAUGGUGGGUACUAAUACUACUACUACUACUAAUACUACUACUACUACAGCAGCUCCCUCAGUCUGCAUGGUGGGUAAUAAUACUACUAUUGCUACUACUACUACUACUACUGCUACUGCAGCAGUUCACUCAGUCUGCAUGGUGGGUACUAAUACUACUACUACUACUACUACUACUGCUACUGCAGCAGUUCACUCAGUCUGCAUGCAUCACGCCUAUCUUCACCCUGUCCAGUGUGUCGGGAGAGAAUCUGGACCUCCUGAAGGUUUUCUUGAACAUCCUCCCUCCACUGAGCAACAGCAAGGAGCAGGAGGAGCUGAUGCAGCAGCUCACAGAGUUCCAGGUGGAUGAGAUCUACUCUGUUCCUGACGUUGGGACUGUGGUGGGAGGAACUCUGUACAGCGGCGUGUGUCGGGAGGGUGAGCGGCUGGUAGUCGGUCCCACCGACGAGGGCCGCUUCCUGCGUCUGAAGGUGGGCAGUAUCCAGAGGAACCGCUCGGCCUGCAGGGUGCUGAGGGCCGGACAGGCGGCCACGCUGGCUCUGGGCAACUUUGACCGAUCGCUGCUGCGCAAGGGGAUGGUGAUGGUCAGUCCCAAGAUGAACCCGACCAUCUGCUGUCAGUUUGAAGCCGCCAUCGUGCUGCUCUUCCACGCCAAGACCUUCCGCCGGGGGUCACAGGUCACCGUGCACGUGGGCAACGUCAGGCAGACGGCCACUGUGGAGUGCCUUCACGGGAAGGACGAGCUGCGUACGGGCGAGAGAGCCGUGGUUCGCUUCUGCUUCAUCAAACACCCCGAGUACCUGCGACUGGGCGCCAAGCUGCUCUUCAGGGAGGGCGUCACCAAAGGCAUCGGCCACGUCACCCGCCUGCUGCCCGCCUCCCAGAACCACGACCAGAACCAGAACCACGACCAGAACCUGCAGGAGCAUUAGAGACCCCGCCCACCCAUGCGACAGAUGCUGAGCUCCGUGAGAACUCUCGACUGGUCGGACGUCAUCAAAGCAUCUGCUUCGCUCUCCCGCCACACGCCAGCGGUUCUAAUUCUCCCGUCCGGGAUCUAUACUUCUGUCAGAGACUCCCUCAUCCUCAUCCUCAUCAUCAUCAUCUUCAUCUUCCUCCCAGCAGUCUUGUGCUUUAGCCGGUUGACCUCGUGGAUUAUUUUUCGGGGGCGGAUUUGAGAAGGAAUGGUUUUAAAGAGCUGGAACACUGGAACACAACUCAACAUCUCCACAUGUGACAUGUGACGAGGGGGAUUAUUUUCAGCAGGAGUUUUCCAACAGCGUGAGGUGUCGUCUCAUCAAACAUGCCGCAUGUUUUUCAGCCCGUAAACUGUAAAAGGUGAAUGUUUUAUGUCAGCGGUGGGCGUCGGGGGUCAGUUUGCUGUAGAUAACGCAGUUAAAGUCAUACGGCUGUAUUGACUGUAUGUCGUCAUUAUUGAUUAAUCUGUUAAAUACUUUUCAGCUCUAUCGAUGAAUUAUUUAUAGAUUCAUUAAUAGAGCUGUUUAAUUAACAGAAUUUCAGAAAAUAGUGAAAAAUGUCCGCAGUGACGUCUUCAAACCCAAAUCCCUUUAGAAUCGCCUAAAACAGGAAAGCAGCACAUCCUCACAUUGGAGAAACGUUAACGAGAGACUGGAUUGUCCAAUUUUUUUGUAAUUUUCCCUCUAGAGUUGAACUUAAGUUGAGUUUGAACCGACAAACUGAAACCUAGAGACCAGAAUGGAGGAUGUUUCCAGAUUACUUUAAUCAUUAGAGCGCUUAGAUGACGAACUCGUGUGCAAACAAAAGGACUCCCGACGCCCGCAGGGCUCCGAACAUUCCUCCAGAGUUCAGCCUGAGCCCGCCGGCUGGUUCCAUUACGCUCCGUUCUUUUGCACUUUAUUCACUUUUAAUCACCACGAUGAAUCCCUUCUGUCCAGCCGACGGGGGCUCUGGAGCAGAAACCUGUUGACUUUUCCCCAAUUCAGCCCGAUAUUAAUUACCACAAUAGAUAAUAAACCACAAUCUGUUUUCUUUUCCAGAUGAAUCAUUAACUGUGUUUCUGGGAAACAGAACAAUGUUUUAGCAGAACGUUACUUUACAGCCUUACUUUCUUCACUUUGUUGAGACUCGUGAGCUCGAGCUGCUUCUGAAGUGUUGAAGCUUCUACGUUUAACAUCUGCAUCUACAGACUUCAUGUUUGCAUCUGGGGGUUCCCAGUUUGUUCCGAUCACGCGUUCAUGUGUAGAAGGUUUGAUGUACCAGGCAGCUUGUUGCUAAACAUAACCUGCAUGCUCAUUUAAAGUAUGAAGUAAUAUAUGAAGUGUUUUAAAACCGUUUUUUAUUUGAUUUUUUUUCUGAGGUUCUGUGCAAUUGUAAACCUUAAUAUCGAAUGUACUUUCCAUGGAUCCUGUAGCGUUUGAACCCGCUUCCUGUUCAAAUGGAGUUCUUUGCACUUUGUCUGCCGAGUCAGCAUGUGAUCCUGCAGAGCGCAGAGCGGAGAGGCCACCAGCUGGACGUUUAAACGUUAAAGAGUGGAUGUUCCCGACCGUCCCUCGAACUAAUAAAUAAACUGUUGAAACAUGA